AUGGAGAAGGUGGUGCGUCCUGCCAACCAGCUACAGCUGAGUGAAACGGAGAUGAAGGAGGAGCACACACGGGUCCUAACGGCCAAUGACCCUAACGUUCCCAACAAUAUCAGCAAGUACAACUACAAGGAUCACAUGUAUAAGAUAGAUCCUCCAGGGCCCGGUGACCACCUGGCGAUGCAUCUAGCUAUUGAUGGCUGGGCUCUCUUUCGCGAGGGCGACGAGGCCAAGCUGCAAGCGACGGCAGAGGAAAAGAGAAAGGCGGCGGCGGACGAGGCUAGGAAGGAGGCGCAGAAGCAGGCUAUCGAGGCGGGAGAAGAACCUGACCAGGACGCCGGUAAUGAAAGCGGGAAAAACCAGUUCAACUACUCUGAGCGCGCCGCACAGACCUUCAACAAUCCUAUGCGGGAGAGAGGAGUAGUUACGGAACCGCCGCCAAUGCUUUCUUUCAGAAACACCGUGGCGCAGUGGGAGAUUUAUGACUCGUACAUGGCAGAGUACUCGGCACAGAUGGCUGAACAAGAGGUCGAAAACAAGAAGAAGAGAGAAAAAGAGGCCGCCGAUGAUGGGGCGGGCGGAGGGGGCCGGAACGAGGACGACAUGGUUCACAGCGCCAAGAUGGGAGGUGCCCUCAAGAUUCUGGAGCGGAUGGUAAACCAGAAUGCGGAGGACGAGAUCUUCCAAGACUUCAAGUACUGGGAGGACGCAUCGGAUCAUUUCCGUGAGGGCGAGGGAUCUUUGCUCCCCCUGUGGCGCUUCAGCACGGACAGGACCAAGAGGAAGCAGGUGACGGCCCUAGCGUGGAACCCGCAGUACCCUGAUCUGUUCGCGGCAGCCUAUGGCAGCUACGACUUCAUGCGCCAGGGCAGCGGGAUGGUGUGUUGCUUCAGCUUGAAAAACACCAGCCACCCGGAGUACACCUUCGGCACCGAGAGCGGGGUUAUGUGCCUCGACUUUCACCCGGUGCACAACUCCUUGCUGGCGGUGGGCUGCCACGACGGCACCGUCAUGGUUUUCGACGUCAGACACAAGGCGAACCGCCCCAUCUACUCCUCUAGCAUCAAGACGGGCAAGCACACGGACCCCGUGUGGCAGGUGUAUUGGCAAAGUGACGACCAGCCCAAGGAGCUGAAUUUUUUCAGCAUUUCCUCCGACGGCCGGGUGGCCAGCUGGGUCAUGUCCAAGAACGAGCUUAAGAUGGAGCCAGUCAUGCAGCUCAAACUCGUCAACACUAUCAAGGACGACCCGGAGGAGACCUCUCUCUCCGGGCUGGCUGGGGGCUGCUGCUUCGACUUCAACCGGCACAGCGAGCACCUCUUCCUCGUGGGCACCGAGGAAGGGAAGAUCCACAAGUGCUCAAAGGCGUACAGCGGGCAGUAUCUCGAGACGUACGAGGGGCACAACAUGGCCGUCUACACGCUCAGGUGGAACCCCUUCCAUCCCCGGGUGUUCGUGUCGUGCUCGGCGGAUUGGACGGUGAAGCUGUGGGACCACAGCGUGCCGUACCCGAUCAUGAGCUUCGACCUUGGAAAUGCGGUUGGCGACGUUUUCUGGUCGCCUUACUCGUCAACGGUGAUGGCGGCGGUCACGAGCGACGGGAAGGUGCACGUCUUCGACCUGGCAGAGAACAAGCACGAGCCCUUGUGCGAGCAGAAGGUGGUGAAGCGAUCCAAGCUGACCCAUGUGUGCUUUAACAAGCAGGACCCCAUCAUCAUCGUCGGCGACGACCGGGGAGGCGUGAACUCGCUCAAGUUAUCGCCGAAUCUCCGCAAGGUCCACGAGCCUCGCGACGACGAGGGCAACGUGGUUGAGCACGACCCGAUCAAGCUGCAGGUCGACAAGAUGGACAGGCUGCUCACCGUGGCAGAUACCAAGCCUGUUAGCGGCUGA